AGCUGACGGGAUCACAUGACCUGUAGCAUCUGUCACAGAGAAGCUAAAUUCCUCCUCUUCUUCUCCUUCUCGGGGUUUUCUCUUGUUUUUCUGCACACCGGAGCUCCGUGAUGGCCGGACGCGGGAAACUGAUCGCCGUUAUCGGUGAUGAGGACACGUGCACCGGAUUCCUGCUCGGCGGGGUCGGUGAGCUCAACAAGAACCGAAAACCGAAUUUCUUGGUGGUGGAGAAGGACACGAGCAUCGCGGAGAUCGAGGAGACCUUCAAGAGCUUCUUGGCUCGUACCGACAUCGGCAUCAUCCUCAUCAACCAGUUCAUCGCCGAGAUGAUCCGCCAUGCCAUCGACGGCCACAUGGAGUCGAUCCCCGCCGUGCUGGAGAUCCCGUCCAAAGAGCACCCUUAUGACGCGUCCAAGGACUCCAUCCUGCGCCGCGCCAAGGGCAUGUUCUGCGUCGAGGACUUCCGUUAAACACACACACACACACACAG